UUAAUACUCGUCUUUAAUUCACGCUCUUUUUAAAAACAAUAACACGCGUUGUUGUUGAGUAAAAGUAGAUCCUACUUCCUGGAUGUAAAAGUGCGAGAAGUAACACGGAAACGAGGAAACUUACCUAUAAAAAACACACAAGGUUUAUUUCCCUUGCGGCGAAGUGAAGAAAAGGACAGGUGACGAAGAAUCUUCACGCUUGACCAUAACGAAAAGGAACAAGAAGGAGGUGUCCCUGCGGGCCGAGCUUGAGGGCCACUCCGCUCCGCGCCACCCUCCGAGCCAGGACGGGCCGCCCGCCGCCUCCCAUCCAGACCACCGCAACACCAUGGCGGCGCUGUACAUGCGACACCUGGAGGAAGAUCGGGAGAAAGAGGUGAUCAGGACGGACGUGACCGCGGACGAGGAUGAAGAGACGGCGGCGCCCGUAAUCCGCAGGAAGGUGUCGUUCGCGGACGCGUUCGGCCUCGAUUUGGUCUCCGUGAAGGAGUUUGUGGACGCCGCGGAGGAGGUCAGCGACGAGGACGAGGCGAGCCCGGCCGAGGAGUUCUACCUGUCCUGUCUCUUCACCGCGCCCGAGUCUUCGGAGGAGCUGGAGCGCAGCCUGGAAGCGCGGAUGGUGGACUUGGAGAGCAUCGAGCUCCUCCCGGGUACCACCACCCUCCGAGGCACCGUGAGGGUGCGCAACCUCUGCUACAGCAAGGCCGUCUACGCCAGGAUCACCCUGGACAGCUGGCGGAGCUGCUUUGACCUGCUGGCCGACUACGUGCCAGGAUCCAGUGAUCGCAAAACAGAUAGGUUUACCUUCCAGUACACGGUGGUCCCCCCCUUGGAGAAAGAGGGCACCCGAGUGGAGUUUUGUCUGCGUUAUGAGACGUCAGCGGGCACUUUUUGGGCCAAUAACAUGGAGAUGAACUACGUGGUGUUCUGCCACCAGAAGAGUCCUCUGAAGCAAGUGCAGAGGAGCUGUCUCAAAGCGAACAGGAGGGGAGGCACUCAGGAAAAACUGAGCGACGACACGGCCGAACUGAGCACAAAAGCCGAGGCCUCGCUUGAGGAGAAGAGGGCAGAGGGCGUGUCGUUAUUGCACCCUGCAGAACACAAACCCCUGGUGGCGAGCAUAAGAAGCCGACAUAGAGCCGUGCGUCUGGCGCACGUCAAAGACAUACUCUCCCAUACGUGGGGGCAACGUGAUUGCACGGCGGCCGAGGCCAACUCUCAGAAACAAUCCAAAAAGGUACCCCACGUCCUCACCUACCACCAAAUUCCUCUGAUCACGCUGGACUGGGACAACGAUAAUACUUUAAUGGACGAUAUCUGGAACGGAAGAGCCAAAGUGACCUUGUCGAAAGAAGAAAGUGUGAAAGCUGCGGGGCCGGGGAAUGAUAUUUGGGGGUCUUUUCUAAACGGGCAAGAUCCCGCUGCUGAUAACGACACCUCCGUGUGUGACGUAUGGCAGGCUUUUAUUAACGGGCCUGGCUGCCAGGGCGACUUGACUGUCCCCCAGUCGGAAUGGCUGCAGACCGCCGCGCUGGUUCCCGCUGCGACUAAAAGCGAGGAGCACGUCCAGAAUGCCACCCGAGCUGCGAGUCAGGCGCAGUCGCCGGAUCGCGUUUCCUCGAGAGGUGACAACAGAGUCGCCGCAGAGUUGUUGCGGACGCCGCCCGUGUCCGAGGGAUCUGUUGACACACCAGAAGAACGGGUGACAGAGAGAGAUGAAAGCCCGAAGGCAGCGGGGACUCGGAUCUCACUGGGAGAAAGGCCGAUUCGGGUUUGGGGUGACACAGGUCACACGCCGGCAUUUUCUGAGACCGUCAGAGAAGAGGGGCGAGGAGUCGCAAUGAGCUGCGACAAAAUCCUCAAGCCUGGGAGCAAUGAAAGCCCACUGGAUGUAAACGAAAGCCGCGGUGAAUGCGAUCCAAACCAAAGAACUGAGACCGAAGUAGAGACAUCGUUCAGGCAUCUUGUUGAGGAAGUUGGAGAGGGUGAGAAGAAAAACGAGGAAAUUGUCAUACCGCAUGUCAUCGUCUCGAAUGGCACAAGCUUGCAGGUACUUCCAGACAAUCCGGAGGCUGGUGUCGAGAGGCGACUGGAAGUAAAGACUUUUAGACAUUUCCCCACGGAUAGCCACACAGGGAGGUCUGAGGAGGGUGACAAAGGCCUAGAGCUCUGCGACCAACUGGACGGAAUCCCAGCAAAACCCGACGCAUCCUCAGCUUUGGAGGACCCUCCGGGAGAGAAGGAGCAGAAUUUGACGGCGUUUACCAAAGCGCUUGAAGUGAUCGAGUCCAGAUCGGAUGGAGAUGGAGAGCCCGAGGGAGUUAAUGGUGCACUUGAAGGACCAGCAGACGUCCUCCAUCAGACAGGAAGUAGCGAGCAUUCAGAUCCUGCCUCGCCAGCUCCGGACGUCAAGCAUCCGUCCAAGAAGUCCAACGGUUUUGUGUGGUGGAGCAUGUUGUACAUCCUAAGUCACAUCACACAGUUCACCACCUGCAGCCUGCUGGUCGCCGGAUUCGUCGUCAUUGUUUCCUUCUAUGAUUUCCCAGCAUUCUUUGUGCUUUACAUGUUCUCACUAGUGUGGUGGUUUUAUAAGUGGAAAGGGCCUGAAGAGGCGACAAAAAGGUUGUUAGAGAGGGAGAAAUAGUAGCUGAACCAAGAUGUCUUCAUAGGGAGUAGGUGCAAUGACACAUUUUUAUAACUAUUUUUGUCUUUCCUACCUAUCAAGUAGUGCACUGUUUGGCUUUUCUUGAAUAAAAUAAAUGAUUGGUCACCAUA